ACGUCAGAGCUACGCAGCCGGCGCCUCGAAAGUUACGCUCGGCCUGUCACGCAGAUAUAUAUUAUAUAUCCGGCGUACGCGGUCGGGGAGCGGGAUGGCCCUGCAGCUGCGCAGUGAGGCCCGCGGGCAGUGACAGGCGCCGCGGAGAAGGCCACGCACCGGGCCGCGGCCAUGGCAGAGACCAAGGAGGUCCCAGGCGGCGGCGACGGCGGCGGCCCUGAGGAAACAGGCGGCGCCCACACUGCCGCCGCCGCCGCCUCGGAGUCGCUGAGCGCGGGGGAGUACUCUCGGCGGGUGCACCAGUGGCUGUGGGACUCUUACUGCGGCUACCUGAGCUGGCAGAGCGGCCUGGCCGCGCUCAUGGCCGGAGCCGCCGCCCCGCCUCCCGGCGGCUACUACUACAGCCCCUUCCACUACCUCCUCGCGACCCCUCCGGCUCCCGCAGCCAGCGGCCCCGCCCCACCGCGCGCGGCCCCGGCUUGGCAACCGCCCGCAGGCAGGCACGCGCCCCUGACCCAACGGGCCGCCCCCGCCCCCGCCGCCAGCUCCCUGAGGGAACCCGGCCGGCCGGCAGGUGAGAGGAGUUGAGCUGGGAAGGGACGCCGGGGCUGAAGCGGAGAGAAGGGGGCGGGGGCGGCCUGAGGGUUGGGUUUCCAUGGUGAUGUUUACGGGACUGGGGGAGGGGAGGGAGGCGCGCUGUUUGGCCUGGGGUGGGGGCGAGAAGCAACGCCUGGGAGGUGGGCUGCUUAGAAUAAGUGAAGGGGAGAGGCUUAUGGGCAGCGUUUUGGUAAAUGCUGUGGCGCCCUUUUAAAGACUUCAACAAAUCUGUCGUGGCAGAAGUUUUCCUUAACAGGAGAAAGAAACGGAACGUGGUUCUCAGUUGUUGGGCGCACACAAACACACUUGCACAAGAGAAGGAAAUGCUGUCAGCGAGGGUUUGUUUGUUAUUCUUUCACCUCGCCCUUCCUCCAGCUGGAGCCCAGGGUGGCUAACAACAAUCUUAAAAACACAAUACAGAUUUCACAAAACCGUAAUUUAAAAUAAAUAAAACAGAACGAUAACAGUGUUUGGAAUGUAAUGCAGAAGGCAAUAAACUCUCUGUUAAAAUAGCACCAGUUUUAUUUAUUAAAUACCUACCCCUCACCUCCGGGUGGCAACCCAGGGUGGCAAAAUGUUUUAACUUUACACCUAGUUGUUGGCAGUGUGGAGGGACAGGGACAACUGAAUCUCAGGAGGAAAUGCCACAAUGUUGGGGGCGGGCACUACUGAGAACUCCCUGCCUUAUGCCCCUACUCCUUGGUCUUUGCUUACCGGUGGCAUCAUGAACAAGUUCUCUCAAGCAUAGGUUGGAAGGUAACAUCACCACCACCAUCAUCAUUUUAUUUGUAUGCCGCCUUUCCAUAGUUAAAACAUUGCUCAAUGCAGUUUACAACAUGAAAAGAUUUACAUAAUUACCAACAUAACAAAAAUCAUAAACAAUAAAUAAAAUAUAUCAAAAGGUACACAGCCAAAUGGAAAACAAUUUCCACAUAAAUAAUAAAAUCUAAAACUAAAAAAUACAACAUUAAUAUCAAUUACAAUUUAAAAUGACAUAGAUAAAAAAUAAAAACAAAUUAAAAAAGGAGCCCCCUCUGUCCAGCAGCAGCAGCAGGCCUUUAUGGAGCCAGUCAGGCCCCGCCCCAAGCCAGGUGGAGAGAGGCAGGGCAGGGCCCUUCAGGCUCCCAGCAGGUCAGUCCUGGGCAGGAGCAUCUGGGGAGGUGUUCUAAAAGUACUAGUGCCAGACACCAAACCCUACAUAUAUUAAGUAAAAUAGAAACAUCCCCACCCAUCUUUCCCCCCCUCCACCGCUUUCCCCCUUUUCUUCCUAAUGUCUCAACAAAUGAAACUGAUUUGUAAAAAAUAUUACAUGGGGUGGGGGGGGAAUACGAGAGAGAGACAUUGCACAGACUUUUGUAAAUCAAGAAAAUCUUUAAUAAAUAAAUAAAUAAGUACUAGUGCCCCAGACUGUACAGGGCCUUAUAUGUCCAUACUCUUGAACUGGGCCCUGUGCAGAGUUCUUCUUGCUACCCCAUGUAAAAACAUGGCAGUGGAAUUCUUCACUAACUGCAUCUUCUGGACUAUACUGAAAGGCAGCUCCAUGUAGAGUGUGUUGCAGUAAUUCAACUGAGAGAUGGUAGAGUGUGUGUUGGUGGUCAUUGCCACCAGGCUGUCUUGGUCCACACAUGGCUGCUGGUUUCCAUUAAAGUGAAUGGGGGACAAUAGGAAUGCCAUGAAGCUGAGCAGAUGUCCCCCAAUACUACUGUAUGGGAGCAGUCCUUUAAGGAUGACCGAGAUUGUUUCAGUGCCAUACCCAGAUCUGAAGGCAAACUGAAAUUAGGUUGAAUAAUUAAUUUUAUCCUGGAAUGUCUGUAGUUGGCGAGCUGUCACACUCUGCUGUCUUGCCCAGGAAUGGGAUAUGUGACUGGGUGGUUCAGGAAGGAAUGCACUACGACUUCUAAGUAAGACAUAAUCCAUUCCCUUGGUCCACCUAAUCAAGUCCCUCCUUGCUAGAUCUUAAAAGCCAAAAUGGGCAAGGGUCAAGAGAGCAUGUGGUGGGCCUGACAUCUUCUCUUGUUCUGUUGUCUCCUCAGGCAACAAUAACUGGAAAAAAUGACAAUGCUCUAAGUACCUCUAAAGGCCUAAUCAACUGUGGUAUCAAGUUUGGAGCAGACAUUGACUUUCAAUGUGAGAUUGGUCAAUUUCCAAGUGGUUGGCCAUUUCCCCUCCAAGGCUGUGCCUCACCAAUUAUUUUACUACUAAGAAAAACUCUGCUGAGCAGUUCAUUGAGGACAGAGUGGAGGGGGAGGAGUAAGCUUGGAAUGAAAGCAAGCCCAUCUAGAGGGGUGAGCAGCUGGGUACACUUGUAGCGGCCCUUGGAGAGCUAAGUCGGCCAAGGGGCCCUGCUAUCUUAUGUAACCAGACUGGCUGAUUUUUUGAGUUUACAACUUUAUUCUAACAGGACCCCCACCCUGGCCUCAGACCAGCUGAGCCUGAUAAAAAGCCUAAUAAAUUUGUUUGUGUUUUUAAGGGGCUGCAAGAGUCUUUGUUGAUUUUGCUGCAUUCUAAGUUCCAUUGAGAUGAGUGGGGCUUGCUUUCAGGAAAUAGGUAUAGGUUGGAAUUCAACAUGUCUACCCUUCUAGAAACUUUUGGUAAAGAUAAGUAUGGAAGGGCUUGGGUGGGGCCCUUUGGAUAAGUGCAUAAGAGCAUUCCUAGACCUAAUUAAGGUAUUUCUUGGCCAGCAGCCGGUUUCCUACAAUUGUUAGUGAGAUGCCUCUGGAAAACCUACAAUGUCAUUCAGAAGUGCAGUUUGCGGUAUGAUACCGUUGCAUUGAAAUAUUUGUCAUUUCUGUAGAAACACCAAGUGCAUCUAAUGCAGAAUGUCAAAAUAAAAUAAACGCGGAAGCUCAAAUCUUGAAAUUCCAUUUUCAAGCAUUGAUUUUCAUGUUUAUUUUCAAAAGGGAAAUAUGAAAUUUAGAGUAGGAAAAAGGGUGCUUUCCAACUCAAGUGUAAAAUGUAUGUUCUUCCUCACUGCCUCCCUUUUAAAGCACAAGGAAGCAUCAGGACUAGUUGCAAAAUAGUGGCAUAAGGAUUGAUCAUACAGCUUUCAAACUAGCUAGCAAAGCUGCAGUAAGGCCUCGUUAAAAGCAACCAUUUAAUAAGUGUAUCUUACAGGUGAGAAAAACUUCAGUAUGAGAGAUAAGUGAUUAGUACAAGACCAGCCAUGGCGGAGAAUUAUUUUUGAUUGCAGAUUUACUUUCUGUUGAGAAUUAGAUUACAUUAACUAAUUCUCAUUAACUUAACUUGGAAAAAGUAUAUAAAGUGUAUUGAUUAGAUCAGCAUACAAUUACAGCUCAUUUUAAAAUAUGUAAAUAGAAAUAGUAAAGUUCAUUAAGAGAAGAAAUAGAAUUGAAUAUAAGUAGAAAGAUCAUUUUUAAAAUAACCAUUUAACACUGUAAUUGUCAAUUAAACUAAACACAAGUUCUUUAUUAGCACAUUAGUUUCCACACAUGUAAUUUGAAUCCCUUGAUCCCUACAAAUCAGCCAGAUAUCUACAAAUAGAUCCAAAGUCUACUUUCCCUCCAUCCCAACCCUAGAUGGUUCAUGGCAAGGCCUCUGUUAUCUGUUAAUAGCUCAAGUAUUAUUGCAGCAGACCUCGUGCCAGGAUAGCAUGGCAUGGGAGAAGACUAUCAGGCAGUCUUUUUUUGUUGCUUCUCAGCACUUUGUUUUCACUUGAGAACGUUGGUUCACGUAGUAAUGAUUAUAUGGUGGUAAAUUUCCAUUAAGCUGGUGUGGUUUCCAGUUGUGUCUAUGUGUUUUCGUGCAUUAUACAUACUUACAACUAUAAUAUUGCAUCAUUUGCCAUUGGUUAUGUAAAGUGAAGGGACACGGGUGGCGCUGUGGUCUAAACCACAGAGCCUAGGGCUUGCCAAUUGGAAGGUCAGUGGUUCGAAUCCCCACAACGGGGUGAGCUCCCGUUGCUCGGUCCCAGCUCCUGCCAACCUAGCAGUUCAAAAACACAUCAAAGUGCAAGUAGAUAAAUAGGUACCGCUCCAGCGGGAAGGUAAACGUCAUUUCCAUGUGCUGCUCUGGUUCGCCAGAAGCGGCUUAGUCAUGCUGGCCACAUGACUCAGAAAAACUGUCUCUGGACAAACAUCGGCUCCCUCGGCCAGUAAAGCGUGAUAAGCGCCACAACCCCAGAGUCGUUCGCGACUGGACUUAACUGUCAGGGGUCCUUUACCUUUACCUUUUAUGUAAAGUGAAAUAUAAUAAGCCUAUCUUGUGCACAUUGCACCUUUUUUCAAGCUGUUUAUUUUGUAUUAAUGCUAUACUAUUGAAUACUCUUGUUUUUAAAAAACAGGUCGUGAAUAUAUUAUCCCAUCCUUGGCUCACAGGUUUAUAGCAGAGAUGGUGGACUUCUUCAUUCUUUUCUUUAUUAAAGCAACCAUAGUUUUGAGUAUUAUGCACCUCAGUGGAAUAAAGUAAGUUUUAUAAUACAUAAUAUAGAAAAUGUUAUAAUUUCUUCUCCUCUUAACUGUGCUCUUCUUUUCAUUGAAUUAGAAAAACGUAUAACAGAACUAGUCCAUUUCAAAUUGCAGGUGGAGGCUGAAUGACUGAAUGUUCUUCAUACCAAAAUAAAUCCCUGAACAUAGAAAACUUAUAUGUUAAAGGAUCUAGCCAAGUUUCCUCCCUGCCAUACUAGGUUUCUAGGUGUAGAACUAUUUUUCCAUGUAGGAACACUCAUGAAUGAGUUUUUUCAAAUAUUUUGAUACAUUUUAAUUUGGUGCUGUGGUUUAAAAAAAUGUUAGUUGCUUUGAGCCAAAAAAUGUUUCUUUAUUAAACAACAAACUAAUAUGAUAAUAAUACUUUGUAUAAGCUUAAAUUUAGUUGUACCCUAUUUCUCAAGCUUUGGAGUUGCAGCAAAACUCAAGUCAUACUUCAAGAUUUAGUAAAUACAGUACUUGCUAAAUGAGUGCAAUAGUCCUUGGGUAUAGGUGGCUUUUGACUUAAUGAAUAUUGUUUCCUUAUAGAGAAGUAUAUUGGAAAAUUAUCUUCAUCUUUUUAAAAAUUAUAGAAUACUUGUUUGCAUCUCACCUAAUGUUUUUUAACAUGGCAUUUUUAAAAUAAUUGUAUAGCUUGAUAAAAGUUGAAAAGUUGGUAUUGGUUGAUAUAAAAUAUUUAGGUUUUUCAGAUGGGGUUUGCUUACCUCAAAAUAAUUAACAUAAUCCAGCAUUUUUGUACACUUUGAAGUAUUUGUAACAGUUCACAUACACUACCAUAUUUUAGACUGUACAACUUCCCCGUGUUGGAGGAAGUUUGGAGGAGAAGAUGGAGUAUUUUUAUCCAUGAAUUUUGAGGCUGAGAGUUUGGCUUGCCUAAGGUUACACUGUGAAGUUCAUGACACAGGCAAGAUUAGUCCUGGGGAUGUCCUACCAUAUACUAUCUCUCAUGAUUUUGUAGAUGUGGAAUUGUGCUUUUAGAUGCGAAAUAAGCAUAUUUUCUACAUGAAUUGAAACUGUUGCCAAGAGCGAGUAGCAUCCAGCUUGUGUAAUCUAAAUACAGUUGGGACUGGCUGAAAUAGAGACACAACUUGUCAUGGGUGUAGUCAGGAUUUUUGUUGUGGGGGAGCAGAACCUCAGUUAUUUAAGUAUUUUUUAUUGAUUUUUCUUGAUGGAGGGGCAGCUGCCCCCCUUGGCUACACCCGUGCAACUUAAUUCUGAUUCCUUAGUCACUACUCAAUUCUAUUCAGUUAAAAUUCCCAUCAGGUGAAAACAUUUGACAGGAAAGUGGGGAUUGAAUAGAAGCAUCUAUACUGUAGUGUGAUAUUGUAUGAUUACAAUUAUUGUAUUGUAUGAUUACAAUUAUUGUUAUUGAUUACUAAAAUGAUUUUUUUUUGGUGCAGGGAUAUAUCCAAGUUUGCCAUGCAUUACAUCAUAGAGGAAAUAGAUGAAGACACUUCCAUGGAAGAUUUGCAGAAAAUGAUGAUAGUGGCCCUUGUCUACAGAUUGCUAGUCUGCUUCUAUGAGGUAUCUAAGCCUUAACUACACGUUCAGUAGUGAAGAGUGAGAACAUAUGUCUUAAUCCUUAGUGAGCUUAAACUGACACAGAUAAUGAGAACUUUUGGAAAAGUCACCGAUAUACAAAAUGAAUUCCUAUUUUAUGUUACAUUCUAGUGUGACCAAGAAGCAGAAGCCACUAUCUACAUAGUCUCUAGGGUUAUUGAGUUGCCCAGGACAGGGAGCAGGUUAUCCCUCCCUCUUCAGUUAUAUCCCCAGUUACAAAACAUGUUUUGAAGUUCUUCUGGUUUCAUCAAGUUAGCUUCAUUUUUAAAGUGUUUGCAUUUGGAAGGUUUUGCAAGGUAAAAUAUUGUUUCCUGGCGACAAAAUUUGAAAUGGCAUUUAUUUUCAGAUUAUUUGCAUUUGGGGAGCAGGUGGAGCAACCCCAGGGAAAUUUCUGCUUGGGCUUCGAGUUGUGACAUGCGACACAUCUGUACUUAUUGCACCAAGUCGCGUGUUAGUGAUUCCAUCUUCUAAUGUGAGCAUGACAACGUAAGUUAACUUUUUUGUAUCACUAUUAUGUUGAUACAGGUAGUGGUUCAUCAAUUUUUUCUAGUUACAUUGAAUAAAUAGUUAUUUUUUCCUUCGUUCAAUAGAGCCUUUCGAUAAGGUCUUUUGCCCACCUCCACUUUAAUUUCAAGGUGGCAUACAGCCUAAUUAAACUUUAUACAGUAAGAUUUUUUAACAAAAUAAGCCAACAAUAGAGACAGCUGGCAUUGAAAACAACAAGCACUAUAAAGACAUUUUUAAAAACCACAUACAUCAGUAGGCAGAACUUAUUUUAUUUUUGAACUAAUAAUAAGACUAACCUCUAACUUGAUACUUUAGUGGGCAAUCCUAUGGCAAGUUCUGCUGGAAUGACUAGCUUAAGAUUCAAUAGAUUUCGGGCUUAGCUGGUUGAUCCCUGGCUCAGCUGGUGUUAAGUCCCUAACCCUGAACUCUGUCGAAGAUACACCACCGUAACUUGUUCAUCCUAGUUCAGCUGGUGCUCAGACGGCACUCAACGGGCUGAGCUGAAGGUCAUUGGGCCAAGGCUGGUGUAAGCCCCCAAAAGGGGGAUUCCAGGGGUAUGGUGCGACCAGAUUGGGGGGCUUCAGCUGGAUCCUAAGCUCAUUCAGUUCAAUCACAUGACCUGGCAACCCAGCAUAGAAAACUAUUUUAAAGGCAAGUUUUCCCUUUACCAGGCUUUGGCAGAGCAGCAGUAUCCCUGCAGCUGAACAGGGUUUGGAUCCAGUGUAACUUUGCAUCAGCUUUACUUACACUGGCUUUCUUUUUGCCAGCUUCUUGUGCGUAGGAUUGUUCCCUUCAUUGUCAUCUAACAAUUUAUGAGGAAGAAAGCUUGGUUAUUUAUAACUCCCUGAAUUACUGUUCUGAUUUUUAUCCUUAUGAGGUACAACAAUCAGAACCGUACAGGGUAUUCUAUGGUGCGACAAUGCUUGUCUUUGUAUAAAGGCAUUAUAAUAUUGAAUCCUUUACUAAUGAUCUCUGGUUGAUUUUCCUGGAGAAACGGUGUUUGAAUAUUUAAUGAAUGGAAGAAAUAUGUUAGUAAAACACAAAAUACUAGUUGUGCAGCAGUACACCAGCUGUGAAGGGGGAACAUGGCUUUGGUGUGGCUAUGUUAAGAGUGGAUUCUUCAAACUAGGACUAAUAUCCUUGAUUCUGAAGGUAACAAUAGAAAAUUUGUCUUAAUGAAAGCUGAUGUGUAUCGGUUCUCAGAAAUGGGAAAUUAUUCUGAGAGUGGGGUUGGUUUUUUUGUUUUUUUUAGCAGUUGUAUAACUCUUGUCAAAAUAACUCGUUUACAGAACUGAAGAGAUGACAUAUAAUUUCUUUUCUUUCCAGAUCCACAAUACGAGCUUUGAUCAAGAAUUUUUCUAUUGCUUCCUUUUUUCCUGCAUUCAUUACCCUGCUGUUCUUUCAGCAUAACCGAACAGCCUAUGAUAUUGUAGCAGGAACAAUUGUGGUAAAACGAAACGGUGUCAGAUGAUACACAAGGAAGCCAGGAUUCUACUGUUCAAAUGUGCUGAUGACAUCUGGUGGAUUUCUGAAUCUGUCACUCCAGAACAGUGCCAAUGAUGACACUGAACUUUUUUUUUAAUUCCAGCAGUGCCAUAAACAUUGGAGAAAAUGGCACUGAUAUAAUUUGAGAGUAUUUGAACUGAUCAAGAGAAUUAGUUAUCUUCAAAAGCUAUUGGCAGCCUAUGGUCAGAGUGUCUUCUAGUGUAUGAGAAAUGCUAGUUCUACAGUGAGGGUCCUAUAGCAAAAGAGAGACUUAUUUUUCAUGAACACUCAAAACUAUUACAGGAGAUAACCAAAGGGAUUAUAGUGUUUGCGGCAAAUUGCUAGAAGUUACAUAAUGCUAUGGUGGGAGACUUGAGUUGCCACUUUAUAAAAGCCUUAUCAUGAAUUUCUCAUGCAAACAUUGUAUUUUAAUACUCAAAAGUUUUCUUUAAACAUCUUGUGUAUCUUGCAUGAUGAAGCGAUCUUGAACACAAAUCCAGUAACUUAAUAUGUGCUAUAUCAUGGAAGGCAGAUAAUUCUGGUAUUGGUAAACUGGUAUAUAUUGGAGUUCUGGCAGUAUUACUAUAGGGAAUAGAUGCAAAUUACAUGUUAAUCACUGCUUAGGAUAAGGAAAAGUUUGAUUUCUCUCUCCUCCCCCUCCCCCUCCCCCUUUGUAAGAGCACAGAAAACUUAAACUAGUGCAAAAAGGAGAAAAACAAAGCUUCAGAUUUGUUUAAUGAGAACCACAGUAAGUUUGAGAUACGAGCAAAAGGAAGUUUAUGCAUAGCCUUUUGCACCAUUUUAUAACAAAAUAUUUUUUUUAAAAAAUAGCCAGUAACACUAUCGCUAAAGCAAUAGAGAAUCUGUGUGAUCUUUGAAAAAUCAAAUAUAAAUAGGUGCACUUUCACUUUAUCUGGUUGUGUGCCUAGAUAAUUUAAAUUAUCCUUAUUGAACAAAGCAUAUUUUGCAUGAUUUAUUUUUACAAAUAGAAUAUUAGCUGAAUAGCACAUUGGUAUCAAGUUUUUAUGGCUUGGCAAACUUUAAAAAGUAUUACCAUUCUCCCUUAAUCUUCUGUUCCCUUAAGAUCAAAUACUAUGUAACCAGAACACAAUGUUUCUAUUAAUUUGUUUCUGGUCAUUUGAUAAGGAACUAACUUAUUGUAAUGGGAUAUUGCUGAUUUUUUUUUAAAAAAAACCACGUCUUUUAAAAAUGUAAUUAUUAUAACAUACACUGGUGUUUUCAAGUUAUUGCAGUAUCUCAAUUUAAGGAAGUUCACAACUGAGCCAUUGGUUUAGUUUUGGAACUGGUGUACAAUGGUGUCGUGAGAUUCAGAUUCUUGUCCAUGUACAUAAGCAGGGAUCUCAAACUUGACAGAUCAUAUGGCUACAGUGGUGACUUUCCAAAUGUAACAGAGUAUCAUAAAUAUUCUUCUAAUUAGACAAACAGUUAAGAGGGAAGGGCUGCUGUUCAAUAGAGAGCAGCAAAGAAAUAUUAUUUCUUGCCUCACAGGAAUUUUGAGAAGUCCUGUGUUCAAAUAAAGAUGACUGUGCGAGAGCCUCUUGGAGGGGAGAUCAUACAGGAGUAAGUACUUAACAUUUCUCCUAAAAUACAUUUCUGGAAGGGUUAAAAGUUUGUGCCACGGCUGCUUCCUUAACUCGUCUCUUUCCAUCUUUCUGAAUGAAUUAAUUUUCAGGCUGAAAAAUCUGCAAGUAGUCUUGCUGCUACGGUUUGCAGCACUGAACAUAAAUGCAUGUUGAGGAAGGCCUACUUACAGGAGAGCACUGAUGGAUUGGGAGAUUUACCACACCCACUUGUCUUAUGGCAAAUAUCCUAUUCCUUAGAACUAAAGAACCUAUGAGCCAAUUGGCAGGCAAUGCUAAGCUGAACUAGUUUAGCAUGGGUGUCUUGAAGAGAUCUUGGCCACUGCACUUCUCUGCUUCUCCCACACCCUGCUAAUGCAUGCUUUGGGUGUGGAAUGUCAUUCAGACCUCAAGCUGUAACCAAGGUUUGUUCAUGUUUAGCUUUAGGUUCCUGUCUUCAUUAAUUAUAACUUAGCACCAAUACAGUCCCUCUGAGAGAACUGCUGGGCUGACGAAUCAAUUAAGCUCUAUGAAUCAAGUAGUAAGAGGUAGCUCCACACAGCAUUGCUGAAUUAUGUGCUACUGUAGUUUAUCCUAGCUUAAUUAAAGCUGAUAUCAAUUGGGGAUAGCAUGUCUGCUUCUGGUGUGAUAAGAUCAUUCAGUUACUUCCAACAGCAAGGGAUAGCAGAAUUGACUACCUGCAGAGUAGUCAGGCCCAGAACAGUGAACCAUGUGGAAAAUCAUGGAGUGGAGCUCUGACUAGUGGAAGUCACAGUCCAUCUGGAUGUGAAAAAGGUUGUUACCAGUUCAAGGAUUGUGGAUUUUGACUUUAUGUUUGCACUACCCUUCUGUGUUGCAUUUAACUUGUAAGGUGUUUUUUGCACACAGUUCCAUCAAUUGAAGGGUACGUUUCUACACUUUUAGUUAAGCUGAGAGAGACACAGUAGUAGCAGCAGCAGCAGCAGCAGCAGCAGCAGCAGUAUUAUCAGUUGUAGAGCACAAAGGACACAAACUGCUUUGAUCAACUAUUUUAGUAAUGAAUACUGCAGUACUUGUGUUACUAGAUAUUAUAAAGAUUAAUUAAGCCAGCAUUUAAACUGCCUACAUGAUUGCUUUUUUAUACUUUGGGUAUGUGUCUUUAUGUUGCAUUUAUCAAGUUGUUGCUUUGUUGCUCAUAGCUGAGUAUUACAUAUUUUAGGCUUUAAAACCCCACAUUUUUCAGUGAAAGCUGCUAAUUACUGACUGCUGGGGCUGAUAAAUUUAUUAUGGUCAUAUGUUAUUUUAAAAGGUGCUUCAUAAAUCCAUCUUUGUUUCUAGACCCUUGGCUCAUAAACUAAUAGUUUAGUUGCAUUACUCUUGAGCCACCAUGCUUCAAAAGGUCUCAGGAACACCAGAAUGGAAAGGUUACAAGUUUUUUUUACCUGCCCCCAAGCAUAUACAAAAAAGCCAGCCAGACAUGGAGUUGUGCAUAUUGCGAAAGCAGGUUCUACGUCACAAAGUAAAUUGCCCACAACUGGCAACUGCUCCUUGACUUCCCACAUCCCUUUCCAAAAGGGAGUAAAUGUGUUCAGCCACUUAAGUUAUUUUUCUUUAGGCUAUCAAACAUGCUAGAAACCCAUCCCUGAGGACUGCUAGGAUAAAAGCAAAAUACGUGGGACAAAAUGUUCUUUGUUUUGAGGACUUUGGCCCCUGCAGCAGAGGAUUAGGGCAAGAGAAAACAAUGGAGAAUGGUUUGCUCAAUGGUGAUAAUGCAAGCUGUUGGAAAAACAUAGUUGAAAGGUGCUUAUCCAGUUUUUUUUGAGGCAUGUAUAUAAACCUAAAGACCUACUAGCCUUAAGAUAGCAGGAAAGGGGAGAAAUGAGCACAAACCUCCUGACUGGAACUCUUGAAGGGUUCUGUGGACCUGCAUAUGGGACUGCAGACCGCAAAGAAGAAGAACCUCUUAUAAACCAAGCUGAGACUGUUAAUCAAGGUACCUGCGAUCGUUUAUCUUUCACUUGCUGCCAGUUACUUGGCAGUAACUAUUUUAAUAAAGACAUUAUUGUUGCUGGUUUAUUACGUAUGACUGCAAGGUAAAGUGUAUUCAAAUGCUCCAGACAACUGUGUUUAGCCCUCUGGGUUUUGAAGUUCAGGCACCCUGUUAUUAGCACAAUAACAGAUGCAUUUAAUUUACAUUGAUCAGCAUUUGUUAACUGUAAAUAUAAGACGUAUAUCCUACUAACAGAGAAUUUGUAGAUUCUUGUAAGACCAUGUGCUUAUAUUAAAAUUCACCACAAACAUAUUUCCAUAAUUUUUAUUGAUGGCAUUUAUCCCAUGGUUUAACAUGUUAAUUAUACUGUAAUAAACAUGGCUUUAAUAUUAAACUUUUCCUUAUUAUCCAAAGUCACCAGAGUCCAUUUCCGUAAAUAUAAAAAUAUAUACUUAACACUUUGUACAAUACUGGUUUUUGGUCCAAACAAAAAUGGAUCAGAAAAGCCAAUAAACUCACUUUAAGAAUUCCCAAUUUUAAAGGUCUUUAAUGGAUUUAGGCAACUUUGAAUAAUGAGAUUUACAUAAUAAAAUCUGAGACAAUACUAAACAAAAAUUUGCUGUAACACACAAAAUUAAAAUUUCAAGUUCACAGAUCUGUUAUGUAAAAGUACAUUGAGAAACUGAAUUGUAUUUACACAUUUGUUUCAUAAUAAAAUAUUGAAAAAGCGAGACAGGUGAUAAGGAGUAAGAAUGAAAAUAGAAAGAGCAUCUAAUUAUUGAAUGAAGUACUACUGAUCUAACUAGUCCUUAGCAUGGACCAUUCUUUAAUCAUUCUUCCUCUAUCAGAAAUUUUUAGUGCACAAUACACGCAACUCGCUCACUUCACACAUACAUCAGCACAAACUCCGCAUAGAAACCACUCAUUAUCCACAUUCUCUACUCUAUACAGACUCCCCUCUGAUAUAAUUACAAUUUCGAGGUGUCAGUAAACGCAGAUGAGCGCACAAAGUGGUGCAAACAGAGGUAUUAUACGAAGCCAUUCGCUGUGCAGGCUAUAUUUAUAUCUAUAGCCAGACCAUGCCAAGUCAGUGGAAACUCUUGGAUUCUAAAAUAGUUUUGCUUAAGAUCCUCCCUGCCACCAACUCUUAAUUAUUUAAAAAACCUAAAUGGGGAGGGGAAAAAGCGAGCAGAGUUUAGGCAGACCUGGCUUCAGCUAAACCCAGCAUGAGGUACAAUUCAGUAAUUGAACAAUGCAGGGCAACCAGCUGUGGGUAAGAAAACUGCUGUCUGUAACAAUCAUUAAUAUUUUAUUUUCUACGUCUAACAGCUGUCUUUAUCUUCCGAACAGGCUGCGAAGAUCCAGAUGUGGAGAAUAUAUUUUUCCCAUUAUUCCUGCUUUAGGGAGGAAAAGAAUUAAACAUGAGGAACUUAAAAGUGAUAGUCAUAUGUCUUAAAGCUUCUAAUAUUGUGGAACAAAAAUGGAAAAAAAAAUCCACUGUAAAAAACCAGGCACUUGAGUAAGUAUCCCAUAGAUCAUUUACUAAAUACAUCAUUUUUUAGAGAUUAUGUCACUCAGUUAAGGAGUUGUAAUCUAAACUUUUGUUUCAAGGAUAGCUGCAGGCGUAUAAUUGAUCUGAAAGGCUUAAUGCCAUCAGCUUUAAAUAUUCAUUUCCAAUAGCCACAGUUAGAUUGAAAUUUAAAUUUACAGCAAAUCUGUAGAUUCAAUUAAUGCAAAGUUCAUCCUGCCUCCCACCCCGGCAAUGCUAUUCAGUAGUGUGGAAUUCCCAUAGAUGUACCUGAAAAUGAUUCCCUUACAUUACAACAUGUGCAUGGAAGCACUAGGAGAUUGCACCUUCAAUAUAUAUACACCCUGCCACACUAUCAUGCCAAGUCUUAACCCCUUCUUACCCUGGGUUAAAUGAUGAAGGCUGGGUGAAUGAAAAUCCCGAAGAGCCACCUGCAGGCUGUGCUGGAGCACCAGAAGCUGCACCAAAGGUAAAUACUCCUGGGCUGUUGCCUGUAAAGUUGAAAUUAGUACUACUUCCGAACUGGAACACCGGGCCUAAGAGAGCGAGAUAACCAAGACUUAGCCUCUUGGAUGAAAAGCAUUGUUUCGCAAUUAUCUGUCUAUGGGGAACUUUAAUUUCUUAAGAAGCACUAAAUAGGUGAUUAAAAAGAAGGAGAAUGCAAGUAUAGUAGUUCACAAAGCAACUACUGCAUUGCUGGAGUGCACCAAUAUGAUAUUCUGGAUUCCACAGAGCUAAAUCUAAAAUAAUAAUAAUAAUUAAAAAAAAAUGUUCAAGAGCAGCACACACAUUUAUUUAACAAGACCUUCCGAUGCUACAUGGCAAAACUCUUCUGAAACCAAUGCAACCUUCAAAAGCAGUUUCUAAUAC